AUGCCUGGCAACCCUAUCCUUACUUCAUGGCUUGCUGAGUCACAGAGAGCAGCCAUUGGCUGUAUCCAUGCCAAGCACCCCAGAGUCAGCCUGUCACUGCUGGUGCUGGGCACCACCAUCCUGCUGGGAUGGGGCACCCAGCCAGUCUGGGGCAUCCAGGACAACAGCCUGCUGCCCACAAACAUCAAUGAAGAAGCUCUGGUUCAGAUUCUCAGGCAUGUCAAGAGGGGCAUGAGUGCCUACGACCAGUUUGCAAUUGCCAUGCUGCUGUCCCGUGAGGCCUGCGAGAAAUCCACCACUGCAGAGCAGGAAGGUGCCACUAUUGAGGACAAGCUGCUCAAGAUCUGGGAAGAAGACCGUCUAGAUAAAGAACCAUACGUCUACACAGACCAUUUCCUGGUGGCUACUGUGAAGAGGGAUGAGCAUAAGGGCUGGCACGCCGAGGCCGUGCUGGUGGGCACCAUGGAGACAGAUAAAAAAAAGCGAAAGAGCUGGGUCUACAACUUCCUAAAGGUGUUCCUUGAUAACAGAAAACAGACAUAUCCACCCGACAAUAGUUGCUUCAUCUUUUUCUCCCUGAUCUCACCCUGCCUGGACUAUUGCCUGAACCCUGAGAGCGACACAUACAUCCUGACAGACCUGCAGGACAGCUUGCAGGGCUACGACCCCCGUUUCCAAGCCUUUGCUUUUGAGCAUGUCUACAAGGAGGAUCAGCCCAAGGGCCAGAUCAAACUGUGGGAGGCCUGGCGCCAGAUCCCCAUGCCCCUGUUCCGCUGCUCCUUUGACCAACCUGAGAGCUGCAUAAAAUGCACAGGGGACAUAGACACCAAUGAGUGCUUGGAUGACAUCGGAUUCCUUCCCCCAGACAGUUUCUUCAGCUAACACCCCACAAAGGGGUAGGCACUUGACACAUCUCUGCCACACUGGGCUCUGCUUGCUUUGCUUGGUUCCUUGCCCUCUGAGUCAUUCCUUCCGCGAGAGUAGGUACAACACCCCCUCUUCCUUCCCCGGCAUCCUGGGUCCACACCCACCCGCCCAGGGCUGGAGUCAGUCUCUGCCCAGCUGAAGGGAGCCAGCGCAGUUGGGAGGCCGGACGGCUGGGCUCAGCUGCUCUUGCCAGGAGCUGAUGGAGCAGAAGCAUCCCUCCGAGGGAGGGGGCUGUAGUAAUGCUGGUCCUUCUAUAGAGCUUCCUCCCCAAAGCUAGUCAGAGUAGUAGCCCCAGGCCACAAAAGCAGACACUGAGGCCCAGCCCCCUUGGUCCACAGCUGUAACUACUGAACCCCACUGCCUUCUGUGAGCUGGGAACAGAACCCAAGAUCCCUGGCUCCC